CCCAUAAAACAUUCAUCCGCUCCCGGCCCGCGCCGCGAGCGCCCCUCCAUUCCGCGCCGCCGCCGCCGCCCUCGCCCUCCGCGCCCGCGGCCCCGCCAGCCCAGCCGACCGGGCGGAGCGGAGCGCGCCCAGCCUCGUCCCGCGGCCGGGCCGGGGCCGGGCCGGAGCGGCGGCGCCUGGAUGCGGACCCGGCCGCGGGGAGACGGGCGCCGGCCCCGAAGCGACUUUCGGUCCCCGACGCGCCCCGCCCGACCCUUAAGAUGAAGAGGGCGUCCGCCGGAGGGAGCCAGCUGCUGGCCUGGGUGCUGUGGCUGCAGGCGUGGCGGGUGGCAGCACCGUGCCCAGGUGCCUGUGUGUGUUACAACGAGCCCAAGGUGACGACGAGCUGCCCGCAGCAGGGCCUCCAGGCUGUGCCCACUGAUAUCCCGGCCGCCAGCCAGCGCGUCUUCUUGCACGGCAACCGCAUCGUGCACGUGCCCGCCGCCGGCUUCCGUGCCUGCCGUAACCUCACCAUCUUGUGGCUGCAUUCGAAUGCACUGACCCGCAUUGAUGCUGCUGCCUUCACCGGCCUGACCCUUCUCGAGCAGCUGGACCUCAGCGACAAUGCACAGCUGCGUGCCGUGGACCCCACCACGUUCCAUGGCCUGAGCCGCCUGCACACGCUGCACCUGGACCGCUGCGGCCUGCAGGAGCUGGGCCCCGGCCUGUUCCGUGGCCUGGCUGCCCUGCAGUACCUCUACCUACAGGACAACAGUCUGCAGGCGCUGCCAGAUGACGCCUUCCGCGACCUGGGCAACCUCACACACCUCUUCCUGCACGGCAACCGCAUCCCCAGCGUGCCUGAGCGCGCCUUCCGUGGCCUGCACAGCCUCGACCGCCUCCUUCUACAUCAGAACCGUGUGGCCCGUGUGCACCCGCAUGCCUUCCGUGACCUCGGCCGCCUCAUGACGCUCUACCUGUUUGCCAACAACCUCUCUGCGCUGCCUGCAGAGGCCCUGGCACCCCUGCGUUCCCUGCAGUAUCUGCGGCUCAAUGAUAACCCCUGGGUGUGUGACUGCCGGGCACGCCCGCUCUGGGCCUGGCUGCAGCAGUUCCGAGGCUCCUCGUCUGAGCUGCCCUGCAGCCUGCCCCCACACCUGGCCGGCCGUGACCUCAAGCGCUUGGCUGCCACCGACCUGGAGGGCUGUGCUAUUGCUGCCAGGCCCUCCCGUCCCAUCCGGACCGGCGGGCCUACUGAUGACGAGCGUCUGGGUCUGCCCAAAUGCUGCCAGCCUGAUGCCAUGGACAAGGCCUCAGUGUUGGAGGCUGGCAGUCCAGGCUCAGCCGGCAACGCGCUCAAGGGACGUGUGCCAUCCGGCGACAGCCCACCAGGCAAUGGCUCUGGCCCACGGCACAUCAACGACUCCCCCUUCGGGACCCUGCCUGGCUCAGCUGAGCCCCCACUGACCGGGAUGAGGCCCGAGGGCUCCGAGCCACCGGGGCCCCCCACCACAGGCCCUCGCCGGAGGCCAGGCUGUUCCCGCAAGAACCGCACCCGCAGCAGCCACUGCCGUCUGGGCCAGGCGAGCAGUGGGGGCGGUGGGACUGGUGAUGCAGAGGGCUCAGGCGCCCUGCCCAGCCUCGCCUGUGGCCUGGCCCCCCUAGGCCUCGCGCUGGUGCUGUGGACGGUGCUUGGGCCCUGCUGACCGGCCACCGAUCGCGAGGCCGUUCUCAGCAGUCAGGUGUGUGUACAUAUGGGGUCCCCUCCAUGACGCCAGCCAGCACCAGGCGGCAGGCCCUCCCUGAUGGACACCUCCCGCCCACCCACCCCAUCUCCACCCCAUCAUGUUUACAGGGUGCAGCGGCAGCGUUUGUUCCAGAACGCCACCUCCCACCCGGAUCGCGGUAUAUAGAGAUAUGCAUUUUAUUUUACUUGUGUAAAAAUAUCGGAAGACGUGGAAUAAAGAGAUCUUUUCUUAA